AUGUUAAUAGAUAUCUACAAUGAUCCUUACAAUUUUAUCUUCUUAGUUAAAUACAACAGAACAAAAAAAGGACUUGUAAAUGUGAACAAGUCAACUCUGUCUUAUUUAUUAGCUCGUCAGUUGCAUGUAAACUCAGAUGAUUAUCCCCUAGUUGAUGAUGAAAUGGACGAGACGCAAUUUUUAAAAGGGGGUAGUAAGAAAACACAGGAGGAGGGGGUACUAGGCGCCCACCAUGAUAGGGAAGAGGAUUCUUUUGGAGAACAUUUGGCUGAUUUGAAAAGGGUGAAAGGGAUGGAUGCUGAUAGAGCGGUGGAUGCUGGUAGAGCGGUGGAUGCUGGUAGAGCGGUGGAUGCUGGUAGAGCGGUGGAUGCUGAUAGAGCGGUGGAUGCUGGUAGAACGGUGGAUGCUGAUGAUAUGUUUGGAGAGCACCAUUACAAUGAUGGAGAGGAAUUGCACCUAACUGAAGAGGAGGAAAGCUUAACAAGAGGAAAUAAAAAAAAAGAAAAAAAAAAAAAAAUCUCCCUAGGGCAUAUUGACAAGACGGGAAGAGAGGGGUUAUAUAGUGAAGAAGGUGAUAUAGUGAAUAAUCAUGUAGGAGGGGAAGAUGGCAGUAUAGAUGGUAAUAGACGUGAUGAUACUCAAGGUAGUACCCACGAUAGUAGCCAUAACGUGGACAGAGAAACAACUCCAACUCCACUUAACAAUUCCUCGCAGAUUAUUGGAAAUUCUCCAUCUAUAUCUAAAAAAGCAGAAAUAAAUUUUAGAAAAUACUCAAAUUUUCCCUUUCAGUCAUCAUUAUUACCUGAUGAGGAGCAUCCAAAGGGAGGUGUUCACUUGAAAGAUGACGUGUUUACCUUUAACAAGAAGUUUAAAAAAUACGCAACUUUCCACGUGCCAGUGAAUAGGAGAGAACAUAUAAGAAGAAAAGAAAAAGAAGGUUAUUUCAAAGGAUAUAAAAGGAAAAGAGGUAAUCAUAGAGAACAGGUUAAUCUGAAUAAUGAAGAACAGGAUAAGGAAAAGAUUAACAAUGAACAUACUUUUGUAGCAAAUAAAAAAAGGAGGUAUCAAGAAAAUAACAAUAAAGGAUAUAAAAAUUAUACACCAAUGCAUCAAGGUGUGCUUGAUAGCUCAUAUAUUAGAGACAAGCACCCAUUUAAUAAUAUACUCGAUUUCCAUGUAGAUGAGUUGACAAGAAGUACAAACAAAAAGAAUAAAGAAAAGUUAGGGAAACUUAAGUUGACUAUUCAUCGUAACGAUAAAAAAGAAUUGAAAAAAGUGCUUACACCUACUAUGACAAGGCAUAUCAAAAGGUAUCUUCUUAAUAAGAAAAAGAUGAUAAAUACAAGAAAGGAGGAGGGAAAACAACAAUCAAAAACUUUUAAGGUGAGUCCAAAUGGACAUAGCGAUAAUAAGGGGAUAUGGAUGCACCCGACUGGAAGCGCCGAAUUUUCCCAAAACUUGAUGCCUCAUUCUUCACGUAACAAAGGAAAAGAAACAAGUAGGGAUAGUAGCACUACUAUAACGAAACCAAGAGUAAGCACCUUAAUCAGUGAAGAUAUAUUACAAAAUUUGAAAAAUAUAUCUGUUACUAGUGAAGGAGAUGCCGAGAAUGAAGUGAGUGGACAAAAUAAAGCAAAUUAUAAUGAGGAAAAAGACAAAGUUGAAUCGUUAAAAAAUAUUUACAAAGGAGUAAUUAAAGUGUAUGCAGAUAUUACAGAACCAAACCUCGAGAUGAUAUGGCAGAACAAUCUGCCAAGGCAGAUAACCGGGUCAGCGUUUGUCAUUGAGGGGAAUCUAAUUCUAACAAAUGCGCACAAUAUCGCGUACAGCACCCGUAUAUUAGUGAGAAAACACGGUCACUCUAAAAAGUAUGAGUCGAAAGUGCUACACGUAACACACGAAGCGGAUAUAGCUAUUUUAACAGUUGAAGAUCCAACAUUUUAUGACGAUAUCAGUGCAUUAAAACUUGGUUCUUUACCAUCCUUGAGAGAUGAUGUAAUAACAGUAGGAUACCCAUCGGGAGGGGAUAAGCUUAGCUUAACAAAGGGUAUUGUUAGCAGAAUAGAAGUGCAGUACUACAAGCAUUCGAAUUACAAGCUCCUGCUAACCCAAAUAGAUGCGCCAAUGAAUCCAGGGAACAGCGGGGGCCCCGCCCUAGUUAAGGGAAAAGUAGCUGGUAUAUGCUUCCAGUCCUUCACUAUGGCUAACAACACAUCAUACAUAAUCCCCUCAACUAUAAUUAAACACUUCCUUAUGGAUUUAUACAAAUUUAAUCAGUACAAGGGAUAUGCAUUUUUAGGCAUAAAGUAUAUACCUUUAGAAAACAUGCACAUGCGUAAUAUACUAGGUUUAUCAUAUUUAGAAAAGAAAAAGCUAAUAAAGGAGAACAGCGGAAUACUGGUUACAGAUAUAGAUGAAAAGCAGAUGAGUAGUAAAGGAUAUCAUAUGGAUUAUUGCAAAUAUAUUAGAAACAAGUUAAAGGAGAACGGAACAUAUAUCAUGCGGGAAAGAACAGAAGAUGAAAAUAAUUUCAUAUCGCAUAGUUUUUUAGAAAAUUCUACAGAAAAGGACAAGGAUGAACAGUGCUACGGGGUCAAGGUAAAUGAUGUAAUCAUAAGUGUAGAUAACAAAUAUAUAAACAGCGAUGGAACAACGAAACUACGUGAUGAUGAAUCGGUUGAGUUUCAAUAUGUAUUCAAUGAAAAAUUUAUAGAUGAUUUAUGUAUAGUUAAACUUGUAAGGAAUAAAAAGAUAAAGACAGUUAUUGUUCGAUUGUCAAGUAUUAAUUAUUUAAUACCACUACAUAAUUGGAAUAAAAGAAAUAAAUUUUUUAUCUAUGGUGGAUUAGUUUUUACUACAUUAACUAGAAGUCUGUUUGCAGAUGCAGAUAAUGAGAACCCAGAAAUUAACAGACUACUACAAUAUAAUUUUUUUAAAAAAAAAGAUGAUGAUGAAAUCGUUGUUUUAAAAAAUAUACUACCAUCUAGGUUAACGAUUGGAUACAACUACUCCAAUUGCAUCGUUUUAGCAGUAAAUAAUGUUACUAUACAAAAUUUAAGACAUAUGGUUGAACUGUUGACCAUGAAUAACACGCACCAGUAUUCCAACAUCUCAAGUGUGAAGCAUACAAGUAAUCCGUAUGUUAACUAUUCAAAUAGAGCGGCGUAUUGCCCCGAUAGGGAUAUAGUUAAUUUCACCAUCUUAACGGCACGUGGGCAGCAAAUACCUCUUGUUUUAAAUAAACGGGAUAUUAAUAAAUAUAAGGACGAAAUUACCCGUAUGUACGGGAUAACGAAUGACGCGUAUUUGUACUGA